GCCAUGCGUCGUGCGUCGGUCCGCUUAUCCAACGGCCGCCUUCGAUUAAAGUUUGCAGUUUUUGUUUCGCCACUGUCAGCAACGGUUGUACACACAGCGAAAGCCAGUGUUGUCAAACUGUUCUCGGCGGAGACGGUUAGCUGGCGGCCAUUCACAAGCAAUCAACCGUGAAACCGAAAACAUACUCUUAGCUGGCAGCGCGAAUUUUACGGGGUCGCUAAAUAAGGUGCUAAUUGUUCGGCAAGAGGGUUUCCACAACAACAAGAAGAAGAAUGACGGUUGUAGUUGCACUGGACGAACGCAGCCAGCAGCAUAACGGAACUGUAGAACUACCAGUCGACGGAGCCAUCAACCAUGCCUUCGUUCUGGAAGAUAUCACCCGAAAACACCCGCACGAUCACCACGGACACGAUCAUCACUACCACGUGCGUCAUGAUCACCUGCGGGAAAAACCUGGCCAUGACUACAGCGAGGAUGUCAUCACGACGCACGGCGUGCAGCCGCACCACAAGACAACCUACCUGGAAACGAUGACCCAUCUGCUGAAGGGCAACAUCGGCACCGGUUGUUACGCAAUGGGUGAUGCGUUCAAAAAUGGCGGUCUACUAGUGGCCCCCAUCUUGACGGUAUUUCUGGGUUUCAUCUGCGUUCACUGCCAGCAUGUUUUACUUAACUGCGCCCGCAGGCUGCAUCUGGAUCCACAGAACAAAGGUCACCUGCCGGAUUUCGCGGAGACCGUAGGUCUCUGCUUUAAAAAUGGUCCCCCUCGCUUCCAGGGAUGGGCCAAGCCAAUGAAAAUGGCUGUAAAUAUUUUCAUCUGCGUUACGCAGUUGGGUUUUUGCUGCAUUUACUUCGUGUUUAUCAGCUCUAAUUUUAAACAGAUCUUUGACCGGUACGACAUGCCCCUAGACGUACACUACCACAUGGCUCUGCUGCUGAUCCCCAUCAUUCUAACCUCGAUCAUUACCAAGCUGAAGUUCCUGUCCUACUGCUCGAUGCUGGCGAACAUUUUCAUGACACUUGGUAUUAGCAUUACCUUUUACUACGCGGGUCAGGAUCUACCCUCACCGACGGAGCGACGCCUCGUUGCAGACUGGAAACAACUUCCACUCUUCUUCGGCACCGCCAUUUUUGCCUUCGAGGGGAUCGCUUUGGUGCUGCCACUGCAGAACGAAAUGCGCAAACCACACGACUUCAGCAAAACGUUUGGCGUACUGAACGUCGGUAUGGUGUUUAUUGUGACACUAUUCACCAGCUUUGGCUUUGUAGGUUACCUCAAGUGGGGCGAAGCGGUUGAGGGCACCAUGACACUCAACCUGCCGGACGGUGACAUUUUGGCCGAAAGUGUUAAGGUUAUGAUAUCACUUGGUGUCCUGCUGGGCUACGCCCUGCAGCUGUUCGUCGCGAUCAUGAUCAUGUGGCCGAGGGUAGAGUGUUGGUUGAACAUCACCAAGCAUCGAACGUUGGCCGAGAUGGGCUUCCGGGUUUUGAUGGUGUUGGUCACUUUUACCGUAGCAGAAUGUAUUCCGAAGUUGAGUUUGUUCAUCUCGCUGAUUGGAGCCCUUUGCUCAUCGGCUCUAGCGCUGAUUUUUCCUCCGGUAAUCGAACUUAUCGUGGCUUACUCCGACACGGAGAACCAAAGCCCUAGCGUGUGGCUGCUGCUGAAAAAUGGAUUUAUUCUACUGCUUGCACUGCUAGGAUUCUUCACCGGUAGCUACGAAAGUUUGAGCAAGAUAAUCUUGGAGCUGUUCUUAUGAAGGACAGCAACUCCUC